AUGUCAUGUCACGUCUUUCAUGGUGACUUGAUUUGUGAUCACAUUGGUGCCAUUACCUCCGCUAAAUACACUCUUCUCCAACAAGUUACCAAGCUAGGUACCUGGAUCUCCACCGCCGAGAAAAUCCGUCAGGCCGCUGAGGACAAGGCUACAGAAGCCUAUGACAAGUUGAAGGUUAAUCAGACACUGGAUGAGAAUGUUAAGAAAAUUGUGCAAGCUAAGGACAGAAUUAAUGAUGUUCAUGAGAAGCUGAAUAGUGUCCAUUCAAGUUUGGGAGAGUGGAAGGAUCAGGCCAGGGAUGUGCUUCAAGGGGCGAUUGGGAAGGCCAAUGAGGUGUAUGAGAAGUUGGAUAUAGACGGUAAAGGAAGGAGUUUACCGCUUGGCAAAAACGUUGAAGGAAUUAACUCAGCUAAUGACUUAAUUAAAAAGGCAAAUAAUGAGCUUGCCACUGAAGUUGCCAAUUUAGGUAACUGGAGGGAUGCCGCCCAGGGUGUUAUUACCAAGGCGCAGGGGAAGUGUGAUCAGAUACUUAAGAAAGUUAGUCAAACUACGUCUGACGGUGUUAUUUAUAAGCAAGCUGAUGCAUUAAAACAAAAAGGUCUUGAGCUUUUGCAGGCUGCGAGUAAGGCUAAAGAGCAAGUUGAGCAGAAAACGGAUUUGAGGAAUGUUAAAGAGAAUAUUAAGAAAGGGAUAACUAAGGUGAUUGAAGAGUUGAAAGUUAAAGAAUUGGAUGCGAAAGUGCAGAGUGAUUUGGGGGAGUUGAGGAGUAAGAUUAGUGGGCUUAAAACAGAGGUUGAUAAAUCAAAUGGAGAGAGCCUCGUUAAAGAGGAAUUGUCUAAGCUUGCAGCGGAGAAAAUUAAGCUGUAUAAUCUUGCAGGUUCGGACAAAGGUAAAAUUCAGCAGGAAACUGCGGGCCUUGAAACUAAGUUCAGGGAUAACAUCCAAAGUCCGCUUAACGAUAGAGUCAAAGCAGUUGACCAGGCGAUUGAGGCGCUUGGCGGGAAUUUCCAGCUGCGUAACGGAGAAAGAAAUAUUGAUAAGAUUUUCGGGCACAUUAAAGGAAAGGUUGGGGAGAUUAAGGGGACGGCGGGGACAAAUGGUAGAGGCGGCAGUGGUCUUGAAGGGAUUCAGGGUGCAAUAAAACACUAUGCCAAUGCAUUCGGCGACACAGGCGGUGAAAACUUUAAGAAAAGAGUCCAAGGCUGGCUUGAAGGGAUUUGGGGGGAGAAGACAGAACAGAAGAAUAAUCAGAAUUUGCAAAAGUGGCUUGAGGCUUGGAUUACUGCAAAGGCUGGGAAGUUGCAGCGGAGCGGCGGCGUCAUCCGGGUUGCUGGUGGUGACUCCGCAACUGAAACAUUGCGUAAAGACAUUAUCGAAAAGAUUAAGAAGAAGUUUGAAGGCGACGCACAUCAAGCCGGUAAAAAGGUUGAGGAAACUAAAAAUGGUAACAUUGCUGACUAUGUCCAAGCCGUCAAAACAGGGUGCGAGGCAUUUGUCAGCGAGCUUGAUGCGAAAUUUAAUAACGGUAGGGGAAUUGCUCAGCUUGCCGAGGAGAUUGCGCCAACCGUUGAGAGUGCGGUUGGAAGUAAAGGUAUUCGGGUAAGCAAUAGAGAUAAAUCUCUCACAUCGCUUAUCGAAGCCAGCCUCGUAGCACUCCGCGCAACGGUUAAUCAGGUGGCAGACGAACUGAAUUCAGUGCUACUCGCCGACUACAGGAUGGGCGGCAGUGGUACCAAUAAAAACAUCGCAACAGCGUUGGAUGAUGCGUUUAGAGUAACCAAGGAACUUGAUGAUAAGCUUGGCAAAGCGACUAAUCCCGUCACCUCCGGCCAAACUGAUAGCCCCGCCAAAGCCGUGGACGGCAAGUUGGAGGCGGUGAGGGAAUUCGUGAAUGGAACACAUGGCGCUGAUAAUAUUACCAACAAGUUUAAAAACAAUGUCAAAGGACCACUUGAUGCUGCCGUACGAGCGCUUCCCACCGCCGUUAAUCAGUUCGACACUGAAGCUCAAGAGCAGAUCAAGGAAGCCGCCAAGACGGCGAUUGAGAGGGCGGCUGGGCAGAUUAGCAGUGGCAGUGAAAUAAAGUUUGGUGAGCCAAAUGAUCUAAUGAAACAGUUUAAGGAAGCCUACGAGCCUAUCCAAAGUGGGCUCCAAAGUAGCCUGAACAGCAAGGUUGAUACAGAGUUGCCGGAUGGCGAUGGAGUAAAAGUCAAGCUUGAAGGUGCCCCAAACUUUAAAGUUUACGAUGAACACGUUAAUCAAAAUGAGAUUGAGGACGGUGAUCUAAAAGGCGAGUCAGGCGAAGGCCAACUUCCACAGGCGAUAGGGAAGAUUAGAGAUGAGGGUCUGGCAGAGCUUGAGAAGCUUAUAGGUGACCAACCCGGUCAUAUUAAUACGCAAACCUUCGACGGUCCGUUCGACACAAUUAAGAAAGAGCUUGAAGAGAUCAAGAAAUUGGUUAUUAACACAAGCAGAAAUUUCUUUGGCGAAUUAAUCCCAACAGAAAAUGGUGUCAAAAAUUAUCUUGAACAGCUUAAAAAUGGACUGAUAUAUGGGCCGUUUGAUUCAUCACCAAAGGGCUUCGAAGAAAUUAAAAAGGCAAUUAACUAUCUUCAACAAACGACUUUCACUAACCAACCUGCUGCAAUUGGCACAGCCAUCUCUGAUAUUAAGGGGGAGCUUGACAUACUGAGAAUUAUCAUGAAAAAUGAUAAUAAUAGUAAAAAUGUCGGGACGAAUGGCCUCAUUGACGACUUGGAAGAUUUGCUAGGCAAAGGUCUCGAAGGUAUGAAUUCCUGGAAAAAAACGAAGGGUUUAACAAAAAUCCAAGAGGACCUCAAGAGGGAAAACAAUAUACUGCCCGAGCAAACUGGUGAAAUCGAGAGAGCGAUAGAAGCAAUUAGGUGGGAACUCAGAGUUCUUGGUGUCAAGUUGGAUGAUACACAUGGCCACGAUGAUAUCACAGAUCAGUUGGAGUGGCUAGGUAGGAAACUUGGUAAAGGUCAAAAGAAGGACCACGUUAAUGCGCAAGACAUUCAUGACUACAUUAAUUGGCUCCAACAAGUGCCGUUCAAAGACAAUCCCACAACCAUCGAUGGCGCCAAGCAAGAAAUUGUAGAUGAACUCACUACCCUUCAAAAAGAGUUGCAAGGCUCCAAGCCAGGCGACGAUGUCAUAAAGUCACUGGAAGAUUUGAUGAACAGUGGACUAAGUGAUAAGCCGUGGAUAAAAGAUGAUAAUGAAAAAGGCCUCGCAAAAAUUAAUGGUGAACUUCAAGGUCAACAAAAUACGCUAUCCACUCAACCCAAGAACAUACAGGACGGCGUCGACCAAAUCACCAACGAGCUUCAAAGGCUUCAGAGUGAGUUGAACACUGGAGUCACCGAAAAGCUCAAGAAGCUGAAAGAGCAUGGCCUUACUGACGGCGGAAACAACUGGACAACUGACAAUCACCAGGCUAAAGGCCUCACUAAAAUCACCACGGACAUCGAGGCCAUUAAAACCAGGGACGUUGCCGACCUGAAGGACAAACUCAAAAUGCUCUUAAGUGAUAUAAAGCAUGAAGCAAGAGGCGUGGCGUUUGUAUUAAAGGAGGUCAAGGAAAUAAUGCUUGACGAAGAGAUGAAGAAAAUUUACAGUGACCUUUACGAUUUGUACUUCGGCCCGCUGAACGAUGUCAUUCAAUCACUCAAGAAGUUUGAUAAAUACGCCGACGAGGCCGCUAAAAGAAUUAUCGCAGAACUCCACGCGUACGUCAACCAAGAAAUCAAGGCAGCCGAAGAUACAUUGAUCGGGGAGGCACGCCGGCAGUGCGCCGCCAACAUCAAGGAGCUUUUGAAGCUGUUCGCCCGGAAGGUUGAAGAGGAGUUAGAAGAUUUGCCGAAUGAAAUUAGCAGAGAUCUCUACUUGGGCUACAAGGGGUUAAUAAAAUACAUGUAUGGCCCUUUGAGUUCCGAUUUCACGGGCCGUGAAGAGAGCGUUCCACAAUUAUCCUCUGCGUUCCGGGAGCUUUAUGAGCAAGUACAGACGUAUCUCCUGGGGGAGAUAGGAAGAGAGGCCGACGAGCAAAACAGGAAGAAAAAUCCUCUGCUCCCGCCGUCCGAGGAGCCGUACAACAGUAAGCUCAACGAUGUGUACGACGCGCUGAGCAACUUGCUCCACUACAUCAAGGACAACGAUACCUUCGACCACAGACUCCAAGCGCUGCUCCGCAACCUCACCGACGCGCUGAGUCACCUGCGACCUGAGAGCUUCGCCAGGCCCUCUACCCCCGUGCUGGACGGCCUGGUGGAGGGGCUCACAAAGUUCGCCGCCGAGUUCACAUGUGCGUACGUCUCAAGAUACGCCGGGCAGACGUUCACCGCUGCCUUGGUCGAAAAUGAGACCCUCACCGAGACCGUAAGAUCCCAAGGCACAAAGUCCGUCACCGUCAGAAACGUUACAAAGCUGACGCCCUACGGCGCCAUGUGCGCCAAGGUCUUCCUCACCACGCUGCCCACACUGUGCGACGCCUUCAACAGGCUGCGGGAGCGCUGCGGCAAAGGCGGCAAGUGGAGGGACUUGAAGAUUAAUGCAACCAGUAAAUUCGGCGCUUUCCUCCAGCGCUCCGGCUACAAGGUCUCCAACUCUCCAACUCUGCAGGACGGCGAGCUGCGCGACGACUGCAACGGUCGCGACGUGUAUGUCCUGGUCAGCCAGAAGAUUGAGGAGACAGAGAACAACGCACACCUCCAAAAAUGCCUCUCCCUCCAACACGCCUGUAAUCUCUUAGAUAUCUUCAAAUGCCUCUGCACGCACCUCCAGCAGUACUAUAAGACGUGCCACCUCAAGGUGCAUCCCUCACCCCGGCCGCCGUGUUCCAUCUACGAGAUGCUCACAUGGUGCUGCGGGCUUACGUACAACGCCGUGAAUCUUAACGUCAAUUACGAUGCCCUGCCAUCGCUCUUCGAGGCGGACGAGCAGGACUCUGCGGACUCCGACGUGCCCUUGAUGAACCUCAGCAGCCUGGCGCUGAAGGCCCACCCGCGGAACAUAACACCAGCGUCCCUCACCGACGCACUCACGGAGGUGUGCCACCGGUCGCAUUCAGUGCUCACCACGUUACUAGGCUACGGCCAUGCCGGAGGCAUAUACGCCUGCGACUUCAACACCAACCCGGGAGGCCUGCUCUACCCCUGCGACGCGGACGCUUUGCUCUGCCUGCUCUUCGACGUCAUCAAACGCCUCCACCAACAGCUGUAUCUCCUCUACCGCCGGUGCCUCUACAACACCCGGCACGGCGGAUGGCUCGACUGCUGGUACGGCCGAGGAGUCGGAGGCUCAGCGUGGAGGUGCAACACCAUGCAGUGUGCCAACCAGCAGUGCCCUCAUGAGGCCAGCCAAACAGGCAACCAAAUAUGUAACCAAAUAUGUAACCAAAGCUGUGACCAGCACCCCAAGUGCGGUGUGAAAUCGCCACUUCAAUCAUUCCUCGAGGACGGCCUUGUGGGCUUCCUGCCGCAUGACGUGUCGGCAGAUGGCACCUGUGUCUCAUGCCCCGCCUGCGACACCACGUCACCCGGCCUGCCGUGCAAGACGCCCAUGGGCCUUGCCAAUAUUACCAGGCUGGCCUCCCGUGCGGGUACAGGGCGACGCAUCAUGGACGUCCUCGGCGCCCUCUGCGGCGGAAAGUCAUCCCCCCUCACCAGGCUGUGCGGCUUCCUGAAUUGCCUCCUCACUCGCCCGCCCCGGACGCCAGACGACCUGUUCGCCUUCUACUUCAACUUCAUAUGCGAGUGGCAUAAUGACGGCGAGCACCGUAAGGCGGCCUUCGAGGACGCCGUCGGCGACGCGUGCUUCUGGCAGCGGGGCGUGACGCUGGACGUCAGUUCUAUCUUCGGCACAAGUGACCACGGCAACGAGCAGAAUAUACCUCAUCUCACCGGCGAUCUCUUCUCACUCGUCAAGUGCAACGGCACUCCAGGCUCCGCUCCGUCACACCCCUGCGGCCCCUACCUCAAGCCCCUCGGCCACGACCUACGCGCCACAUUCGCCAAGGCACACGCCCACCUCUACCUCUCGUGGGUGGUAUACCUCACGGAGACUUUCUACGACUUCCUCAGGGAACUGCUCCAGGACUGCGAGCGCACCUGCGCCGACGCCACGUCCAACUGCCACGCCAACAGCUGCGCCGACCACUGCCCAGCCAAGCGUCUUCCCAUGGCCCCGGACUCCAAUCACACUGCCCACUGCCUUUCCAUCGUGGACUGCGACUCCACCACGCCCACACUCUUCCGGUACGGCUUCGUGCACAGGGACGCCCACAGCCUCGCCGGCUCCACCAGCGGCCACCAGACCAAGCGCACCUGCCAGGAUCUCUGCAUCGUCUUACGCACCGUCCUCAAGCAGAUGAACCCUCUCCACAGGCUGGCGCACGAGACAAUCCCCGAGUUCCUCUGGCACAUCCGUGCGCCCUUCCUCUACACCAUCGUCACACUCUGGCUCACCGCCACGCUCUACAUCGCCCACUCACUCAUUUACCGCAUGGACGUCCUGCGCAUCCGCUCGCACCUACUCACCACCAGGGCCUCUCACCUCAUCGACGUAAAGGCGCUGCUCACCGGCAGCAGGAGAAUGCUCUCACUCUACAAGGACGUUGACUACUUCGAUGAUGACUUUCACUCUAACAUUGGUGCCAUCACCUCCACUAAAUACACUAUUCUUCAUCAUCAUGUUACCAAGCUAGGUACUUGGAUCACCGAGGCGGAGAACAUCCGCAAGGCAGCCGAGGAAAAGGCUACGGAAGCUUACGACAAGUUGAAGGUUAAGCAGACAUUGAAUCUGAAUGUUGAGAAGAUUGUUGAAGCCAAUAAGGCAAUUGAAGGAGUUCAUGGGAAGCUUGGUGGUGUUGAAAAAAGUUUGAGUGACUGGAAGAUUAAGGCCGGGAAAGUGCUUGCCGGGGCAAUUACAAAUGCCAAUGAGGUGUAUGAGAAUUUAAAAGAUGAGAAAAGCAAGCCAAUUGGCGAGCAACUUGAUGGUAUUCACAACGCAAAUGAGUCAAUUAAAGAGGCAAAUGAGCAACUUGAGAAAGAAGUUGACAACUUAGGUAAGUGGAAGACUGCGGCCGAUAGUGUUAUAUCCAAGGCGGAAGAGAAGUGUGAUCAGAUACUUAAGAGGGUUGCGACAAAAAAGGAUGGUGAAAGUGAUACAAUUUUUGAAUAUGCAAAUGAGAUGAGUGAGAAGGGUGUUGCACUUUUCGAGGCCGCAAGUAAGACAAAGCAGCAAGUUGGCAAGAAUGUCCAAAAGGCCUUGGAGGCUGUUGUGGCCAUGGACAGUGAUCUCAAGAGGGAUUUGAAGAGUGUUAAAGAAAAGAUUAUAGCGGGGAUAGGGAGUGUGAUUGAUACGUUGAAGGUUAAGGAGUUGGGUGAUAAAGUGAAGACGGAUUUGGGGACGUUGAAGGGGAGGAUUAGUGAGCUAGCUAAAGGUCUGCCGCAAGAUGGGGAAAAUGCACUUGUUAAAGAUAAGUUGGCGGCGCUUCAGUCUGCCAGAGAAGGUAAUUUGGAUACUGUUGUUAAAAACAUUGAGCUGCAGACGAAUGAGAAGCUUGCACAGAAUUUUACUUCGCAUAUCCAAGGCCCGCUUAGCGAGAAAGUCAAAGCAGUUGACUCGGCGAUUGGGACGCUUGGCGGGAAGUUUGAGAAAACAAGAAGCCUGAAUAGCAUUGAAAGCAUUUUGGGACAUAUUAAAACGCAGGUUGGGGAGAUUAAGGGGAAACCUAAUACAGGUGUAAAUAACGGUUCAGGUCUCCUGGGGAUUGUCAGCGGCGUUGAGGCGUACGCUAAGAAGUUCGUGCAUGGGGACGCAUUUGAUGGCAUAGUCGCCGGAUGGGUGAGAAGGAGUAUUUUGCAAAAUGAGCCGAUGGACACUUGGGUUGGAAAGUACUCAAAGGGUAAGGUUCACGCGAACGACUUAAAUCGGCCGAAAGGAAGCGAUUCAUAUCUCGACAGUAGAAUCGCAACCGAAAUAAGAAAUGAGCUUAAGGGCAUUGUUAUUAUGGAUAGCUUUAAAGACGUCAAAAAAGAAAUCCAAACCGGCAGCUCCAAAGGUACCAUUAAAGGAAAUUUGGAAUAUGUGGAAGCUGUUUGCAAGGAAUUUGGCAGGACGCUGGGGACUAAGAUUAAGGAUGAUGGACAACUUGGCCCGCUUGCCAAGGCGAUAGCCAAGAGGAUUGAGAAAGAGCUGUGGACGCACAACAAGUUCAUAAAAAAUGAUUACCCUAGCAACGACAACCCAACUCUCAUCACCGCCAUUAAAGACAUAUUGCCCGUUCUGGUAGCCACUGCCUGGAAGGCUGGCGAUGAAGUCCGAUGGUUCGGUCUCGACGGGAAACUUGCUAAUCUCAGCGACAACGUGCACAAUGCUUUGGAUAAGGCAGAAGCGCUUGAGAACCAGCUUCGUGAUGCGACUAUUCCACUACAUCCUCCCGGUCAGCCUGUAGAUGGCACAGCCCAAGCCGUGGACACAGCGAUCGGUGGAGUUAGGGAUUUUAUUAAUAAUGAUCUUGACGGUAGAUUCAAAAGCAAUGUAACAGGUCAGCUUCAGAAUGCAGUCUCCGAACUUCCCACAGCCGUUGGCGCUUUCAACUCCGCCGCCGAAGAGCAGAUCAAGGAUGCCGCCAAGACGGCGAUCGAGAAGGCGGCUAAUCAAAUCGAGAUGGAAAGUGGUAGUAAAAAUCAGGUAAGCGUUGAGCAGAAUAUGAACACGUUUCACGGCGCACACCAAAAUAUUGUAAAUAAUCUCCAAGAGGACCUUAAUAAGGAAGUGAACAAGUACAUUGGGGAGGAUGACCCGCCGACAGGCGGUCAAGGUGUGACAGCCGAGAAAGUCAUCAUCACUGCUGCAAAUUUUGGCAAUUAUGAUAAACACGUUAAACAAGGUAAGAUUAAUGCCCUUACACCCGGCGGUACUCUACAAGGCACUGCAGAGGCAGAUGAAGGCCAUCUUCAAGUGGCGAUCGGGAAGAUCAAGACUCUGGGUCUGGCAGCGCUUGAAAAUACUAUUGGUGACCAAGCCGGCAAGAUUACUGAUACAACCUUCACCGGUCCGUUCGGCAUAAUUAAGAAGGAGCUUGAAGAGAUCAAGAAAUUGGUUGAUGAUGAAGGGAGUACAUUCCUAGGUGAACAAAACAGAGGUAUCAAGGAUUUCUUAAGUGAGUUGAGGAAUAUGGUUAACAAUAGUAAACCAUCUAUGUUCGCCAACCAACAAGGACUGGAAGAAAUUAAAAAUGCGAUCGAAGGGCUGCAAGCCAAACCGUUUAAAGACCAACCCGCUGCAAUCGAAGGAGCCGUCCAAAGAAUUAGGAAGGAGCUUGGAAAGCUUAGGAAGCAGUUGAAGAAUACUAAGGAUGAUGACGUCAUUAAAAGACUGCAGGAUUUCAAAGACGUUGGUCUCGAAGGUAAUAACCCUUGGGCAUUUGGCACUAAGAAAGAUUGGAAAAAUACCGCAAGUCUAAGAACAAUUCAGAUUGAUCUUAGAGAACAGAAUGCUAAAUUGCCCGAAGAAACCGCAAGAAUUGAAGAAGCCAUAUUCCAAAUUAGGAGUGAGCUUUCAAAAAUAGAAAUAAAGUUGGAUAAGCCAUUCGAUUAUGAUGACGUCAUCGACCGAUUGGAGUGGUUACGUAAAAAGAUUGGUAGAAGCCAGAAAGGAUAUCAUGACAAUCUUGAAGACAUUCUGAAUACACUUGAUUGGUUGCAAGGCAACGAUUUUACAUCGAAUUCCGACGCAAUUGGUAAAGCCAACGGAGCAAUUAAAGAUGAACUCACUACCCUCCGAAAUGACUUGCAUGGCUCUAAACUAGGUGAAGAUGUCAUUACCACUUUGCAAGAUUUGCAGAACAAUGGACUAAGUGGAAAGGACAAAUGGAAUGGCAAUAAAAAUAGCCUCGCAAAAAUUACUAGUGACCUUAACAAUCAACAAAAGACGCUGGGACAACAACCCGAAAAAAUCGGCGGUGGCGUCCGAGAAAUCACCGGUGAGCUUCAAAGGCUUAGAAAUGAGGUCUUGCAAAAAGAGGUUAUUAACAAGUUAACUAAGUUAAAAACCGACGGCCUUGGCAAUGGACAAACUUGGACAAUUGACAACAACUCUGCAAAAGGCCUCACUAAAAUCACCGAAGAUAUCGAGACCAUAAAAACCAGGGACGUCGAUAACGUCAAGCAUCAUCUCAUCGCCCUGUGCAGUGCUGUCAGGCAUAACGCAAGAGAUCUCAGAGACAUUUUAAAGGAUGUCAAAGAAAAUUUGGUCGGCGAGUUGACAAAAAUAAAAGACAGUCUACGCCAACUGCACAAAAGUCUGGUGGAUGGUCCCAUAAAAGACCUCAGAUCCCUUUUAAGUUUCAUCGUUAACGGCAAAGCGCAACUCAUCAAAUACCUCACACAAUUCGUCAACCAGGAAAUCAAGGAAGCCGAAGAGACAUUGAUCAAAAAGGCACGCCGGCAAUAUGUCUCCAACAUCAAGGAGCUUUUGAAGUUGUUCGCCCAGAAGGUGGAAGAGGAAUUAACUCCCUUGCCUCCGUUAAUAACCGAGGAUCUGCAGAUAGGGUACAAAGGGUUCAUGUAUGAUUUCCAGCAACGCUUCGAGUCUCACAUCUCCCCUCUAAAGGGUACGCUGCAACUCGACGCCCUGUCCACAGCCUUCAAGCGGUUCCAUCUGGCGCUCUCGGGAUACCUCAGCGCAGAGAUCAGGAGAGUGCACAGCGAGGAGAGCAAAAAGAAGAAUCCCUCACUACCCCCGGCAGAGGAUCACUACGCCGAGAGGCUUUAUCAAGUCACCCAGGCGCUCGAGGAGUUGCUGGAACACAUCGGCAGGGAAAAACGUUUCGACCGCCACGUGCCUGGAAUGCUCGAUAAACUUGCCAAAGCAGUCACAGCCCUGCGACCGGAGAAAUUCGCCAAAGUCACAACUCCGAUACUCGACGGCGUGGCGGAGGCAGCGGACAAGUUUGAGAAGGAACUGAGAACGGUGUACAUCUCCACAUACGACGGGGCGUUUGAGGGCCGCGUGCUCUACCACGAGGGGAGGAAGGUGUACACCCCGGAAGCUGCGAAAUGCGCCAUGAUCCUUCUGACCAUCACCGACACGCUGUUCCGCGAUUUGAACGAGCUCAGAAUGAAAUGCGCAGAUGAGUGGUCUCAUAUGUUAAUAAAUCCAUUCACCCCCCUGGGCGCCUUCCUCCAGCAACGCGGCUACCGGGUCACCUCGGCGGGCGUUCCGGACGGCGAGCUCAGGAACGACAGUGACUGCAGCGGCCAGAAGAUUAGAGAGCUCACCGAUAAUAUCAUGGAGCCUCUCGACGAACUCCACGAAUACCUCAAGUGCUACCUGCGUGCCUGCCACCUGCACAUUCCUCCAUCACCCAAAUACCCCGGCACCGUCAGGGACAUUCUCGCGUGGUUCGCAGGGCUUCCUUACUCCGUGCUCUAUGAGCGCGUGCAGGCGCAUUGCAACGUCCUGUUCAGGGGCGAGGGUGAUGCAGUGGUCAAGCAUUGCUUGGGAUCCAUCCCAGGCGCACUCAGCCUUGUCACGCACCGCUGCAGCGCCCUGCUCACCACCAUUUGCGGUAACGGCAGAGGCUUCGACCACGCCGACUACCCCUACGCCUGCAACUUCUGGGACAACUCUCGUGGCUUCCAUUAUCCCUCAGACCUCGCCGAUUUGUUACAUAUGCUGACUCAUUUAUGUAAAUGUUUGCUACUUGCACUCAACUUUUUGCGCGCACGAUGCAAAUAUGAUGCCUCCACGGGCCACGGCUGGCGCGACUGCCAGUACGGCAGAAGCGUCCCCGCCGCCAGCUGGCAAUGUAACAAGCACUUAAUGUGUGAACCAAAUGGCCGACCAACGUGCCGACCAAAUGGCCAACCUAUGUGCCAGUCAACGUGCCAACCAAAAUCCCCGCUACAGGCCCAUUUGAUGGACCAUCUGGCGGGCUUCCUACCGCAUAAGUUGGCCUCCGUCGGUUGUGACUCGCAGUGCGACACGUGUUCUAUCGCAUCCCCCGGCAUGCCCUGUGUCACGCCCAUGGGCUUCUGGGACCUGACAGAGGCGGCGUCUAUUGUCGGCAGUGGUGAGCGAAUAUGCGCCGUGCUCACCGCCCUGUGCAGUGGUGCCGAGUCGCCCCUGCCAACACUAUUACGUUGCCUGUCGUCAAUUGACCCCUCGCCGCCUCAAAGUCUCGGUGACAUGUUUGCGUUCUACUGCAACGUGUUCCGGUGCCGGCAGUCCGCUGAGUACGUUGACAACGUCCACUUCACUGGUCACCUGAGCACUGCGGCAAUCCCCAGCGUCUCUCUGUACCUCUGUCCCACCACCGAGGCGGCGCAGCUGACCGACGCCCUCACCAGGCUACACCACUCCCCCGACGACCACAGUGGCGCAUCCCCAACGGACGCUGUCACUAACACCUUACAAGCCACCCACUCGGACCUGUCGAGUCUCACCGUCCGGUCGCGGUGCGCCGACUCACUGACCUGCGCCCCCUACCUACAGCCUCUCUCCUUCCACGCCUGCCACACCUUCGCUGAGAAGCACGCGGAGGUAUAUUUGUCGUGGGUUAUCUACACCGCAUGGCAAUUCUGGGAGCUGCUCCAGCAAUUGCUCAACGCCUUUCAAGACAUUGACUGCGCAAGCUCCGGGUGCUCGACGUGUCCCUGCAAGCCGGGCCAACAUGGCGUCGACCUCAACUGCAAGUGCAAGGCACUGGUGAGCUGUCACGGCGUCCUGCCGACGUUCCACGCAUACGGAUUUACAUUUGGAAACACGAGAGCCUUGCACGGCAAUAGCAGAAAAUAUUGCCGUAAUUUUGCCAAGCAGCUCAGCCAAGUCCUCCACUCCGACCACUUCACGGAACUGUUCGACCAGUGUGACCAGUACCUCUAUCGCAUCCGUGCCCCCUUCCUCUUCACCCUGUUCACACUCUGGCUCACUGCCACGUUCUACAUCCUCCACUCACUCCUCUACCGCAUGGACGUGCUACGCAUCCGCUCGCACCUCCUCACCACCAGGGCCUCCCACCUCAUCGACGUCAAGGCUUUACUCGCCGGCAGCCGCAGGAUGCUCUCGCUCUACAAGGACCUUAAAGAGCUUAGAGAGAAGUUGAAGAAUAGUAUUGACCAGCCGAAGGAUGAUGUGAUAACUGCUUUGCAAGAUCUGCAAACUGUUGGUCUCGACGGCAAGAAUACUUGGAAGCAAGUUAACGGUCAACCUCUCAGUGGCCUUGGGAAAAUCCGUGGUGAGCUUCAAGAGCAGAAUAAGCAACUGGGCGAGCAAACUAAAAUUAUUGGAGAUAACAUGACUAUACUCGUAAGAAAAAUUAAGUUGGAACUUGCAAAGAUCGGAUACAAGUUGGAAAACCUAAACACCGACGAUGACGUUAUGGACAAUUUGAAAAAACUAAAAGAAAAGAUUGGCCAAGGUAAAGCAGAAAAUGGAAAUCUUCAAGAAAUUCAAAAGGCAAUUAAAAGCCUUCACUACGAUCCGUUUAAUACACAUCCCACUACAAUCGGUAAAGCCAACUCAGCAAUUAAAACAGAACUCACUACCCUUCAAAAUGUGCUGCAGGGCAAGCCAGGCGACGAUGUCCUUGCAACGCUGAACGAUUUGCAGAACAAUGGACUAAGUGGCGACCAAUGGGAUAAGAAUAAAGAUGGAAAUCAAAAAGGCCUCGCAAAAAUAAAUGGUGAACUUAGCACUCAACAAAAUACGUUGAAGGAGCAACCCGCUGCAAUCCGCGGUGGCGUCACCCAAAUCACCGAUGAGCUUGACAGCCUUAGACAGCAGUUGAAUGAAAAGGUCACAAAAAAGCUCAAGAAGCUGAAAGAGCAUGGCCUUGAAAAAGGCGGUGAUAACUGGACGGAAGACAAGACAAAUGUAAAUGGCCUCACUCAAAUCACCACGGACAUCGAGACCAUAAAAACCAGGGACGUCGACCAAGUGAAGGAGAAGCUCAAGGAGCUGUGCACGGCGAUUAGGCACAUUGCAAAGGACGCCGCGUUCACCUUGAAGGAAGUGAAAGAGAAGAGCCUUAAUGAGCUUACGAAAAUAAAAGACAAAUUUAGUGAUCUGCUGAGCGAGCAGGUGAGGGGUGUGAUAAGAGAGCUUAAAGGCUUUCUAAAAUUCCUCGAGAACGGCAAGGCGCAACUCAUCAGAGACCUCACACAAUUCGUCGACAAGGAAAUCAAGGAAGCCGAAGAGAUAUUGAUCAAAGAGGUACGCCGGCAGUAUGUCUCCAACAUCAAGGAGCUUUUGAAGUUGUUCGCCCGGAAGGUGGAGGAAGAAUUGAAUCCCUUGCCUCCGUUAAUAAACGAGGAACUGCAGAUAGGGUAUAAGGGGUUUGUGUAUGAUUUUCAGCAACGCUUCGUCACUCACAUCUCCCCUCUAAAGGGUACGCUGCAACUCGAGGCCCUGUCCACAGCCUUCAAGCGGUUCCACCUGGCGCUCUCGGGAUACAUCAGCGCAGAGAUCAGGAGAGUGCACAGCGAGGAGAGCAAAAAGAAGAAUCCCUCACUCCCACCGACAGAUGAUCACUACGCCGAGAGGCUUUACGGCGUCACCCAGGCGCUCGAGGAGUUGCUGGAACAUAUCACUAAGCAGAAACGUUUCGACCGAAGAUUACCUGAAAUGCUCGAUAAACUCGCCGAGGCAGUCGAAGCGCUGCGACCGGAGAAAUUCGCCAAAGUCACAACUCCGAUACUCGACGGCGUGGCGGAGGCAGCGGACAAGUUUGAAAAGGAACUGAGAACGGUGUACAUCUCCACAUACGACGGGGCGUUUGAGGGCCGCGUGCUAGUCGACGCGCGGAACAGCAGGGUGACGGCGGACGGCAAAAAAUGCGCGAAGAUACUGUUGACGAUUCUCAAAAUUCUGUGUAAUGAUCUCACGUACCUGGAGGAGCAGUGCACGCGGCGGUAUCCCAGCAGCAGAAUUUACUCAACUUCCGGACCCGGCGUAUUAUUGCACCAAAUGGGCUACGACGUUGCCAAAAGCCCAAAUUCCCAGGACGGUGAGCUGCAAAAUGACAACGAUAUUACCGGCGACAAAAUUGGCAGACUGCUUGGGAGAACAAUUCAGCACGCCGGCCAAAAUGAACACCUCAAAAAAUGCUCCGCAGUUAAGCAAACUGAACAGAACCAUUAUGAUCUCUUCGAUCUCCUUGCGUGCCUUUGUCGUCACCUAUAUGAAUAUUAUGCGACGUGUCAUCUCAUAGUUCCACCGUCGCCUAGGACGCCGUGUAAUAUAUACCAGAUGCUCUGCUGGCUGACAGGCCUCCCGCACAAUAGGGUCUAUGAGCGCCUUAAGCAGCAGGUUAAAUCCGUGCUAAGCAACGCCGACGACAAUUCCACAGAUACCAAAUGGUACAUGGCCGCGCAGCCCAACGCAGUCACCGCCACAAAUCUGGCCGCCGCCCUUCACGAUGCCACGUCCCACUCCCCCGCCCUGCUCACCAGGGUGCUCGGCUACGGCGACGCUAUGACAACGUACGCCGUUGACUUCUAUAGCAACGCACUGCAACUGUAUUACCCGCAGGACGCCGACGAUUGCCUGCACAUGAUGCUGCAUAUCCUCUGUCGAUUGCUUGUCGUGCUCAGAUUUCUGUUCUCUCAAUGCUCACUCCCCGCUCACCAUGGCGGCUGGGCGGAGUGCCAGUACGGCAAGGGCGUUCCACCAUACACGUGGCAGUGCAAUCCUCCACUCACCGCCCUGCCCAACCCUCACCCGGAGUGCUCCGAUAAAUCGCCCCUGAUGUCCUACCUCAACGACUGCCUCCCCGGCCACCUGCCUCACCAGUUGGUCUCUGUCGGCUGUGAGCCUCAAUGCAACACGUGUCCCAGCAGACCAAAUGGGAUGCCCUGUCUCACUCCCCUCGGGUUCCGGGGUUUCUCUGGAAGUACGAGGACAGGCAAGGAGCUGUGCAAAGUGCUGACCAAAUGGUUCGGCAACGAGCAUAUCAAAUCGCUGCUCAGCCUCUGUCCCAGACCGCCGGCUACGCUGGCUGAGCACUUCGGGUUUGCCUCAUCCCUCGUUGGUGGUUGGCAACACAGUGCUCUGCCGUCAGCCAUCGACGCCUUUCAAUCUGCGUUCACAGCCUCCAUCACCGGCCAGUCCAUGACACUCUACCGCGAGCCCGGCAAGCUCACAGAUGCUCUGCGUGAUGCUUACGGCAACGGUCGGAGCGGUCAUGGCAUUCAGCAUUCCACUUCUACAAAUGCCGACCUGUCCAGCCUGUCGAUGGCAGACUGCUGCACGCUUUCCAACGACGCCAGCAUCAACUGCGCUCCCUUCCUAUCAGCCCUGUGCAGCGAUGCGUAUCAUUGCUUACCUCACCGACACGCCGACCUCUACCUCUCAUGGGCCGUCUACCUCCCGUGGACACUGUAUGAUUUAUUGCAGUGUCUAUUCGCCGCUUUCCAGCAGAUCUCCUGCCGCGACUGGGGCUGCGGUGAUUGCCUUCACGAGGACCCUUGUGACCCGGGCAGCCACGGCCUCCCCAGUCCCCAGUCGCCGGGGCACAGCUGCCGAUGCCGCUCCAUCGUCGGCUGCAACGGCGUGAUGCCGACCUUGUACAGUCACGGCCUCACGUUCGGGGACGCACCGGCGCUGAUAUCGCAGAACAAGAAUUGUUCCACCCUCGCCAAGCAGCUCAGCCAAGUCCUACACUCCGACCACUUCACGGAGCUGUUCGACCAGUGUGACCAGUUCCUCUAUCGCAUCCGUGCGCCCUUCCUCUACACCAUCAUCGCACUGUGGCUCACCGCCACGCUCUAUAUCCUCCACUCACUCCUCUACCGCAUGGACGUGCUGCGCAUCCGCUCCCACCUACUCACCACCAGGGCCUCCCACCUCGUCGACGUCAAGGCGCUGCUCGCCGGCAGCCGCAGGAUGCUCUCGCUCUACAAGGACGUCGACUACUUCGACGAUGACUUUCACUCAUGA